GGCAGCUAACCUUUGUCUUUGGGACAAACUUGUGAUGAGAAAUGACAUCUUGGAGUCACUUUCCCAUAGUGAAGAGAGGCUGAUCUGCACGACGGUGGCCCCCGGCCCGAGGCACAGGCGCCAUGGCCCUCCAUGUCCACCUGCUGGUCUGUGUCUUCGGGAUGGGCUCCUGGGUGGCCAUCAAUGGGCUCUGGGUGGAGCUGCCGCUGCUGGUGACGGAGCUGCCUGAAGGCUGGUACCUGCCCUCCUACCUCACGGUGGUCAUCCAGUUGGCCAACGUUGGGCCCCUCCUCGUCACCGUGCUGCACCGCUUCCGGCCCGGCUGCCUGUCCGAGGUCCCCAUCAUCUUCGCCAUCCUGGGCGUGGGGACCAUCUCCUGCAUCCUCUUCGCCUUCCUGUGGAACAUGACGUCCUGGGUGAUGGGCGGCCGCCACAGCAUCGCUUUCAUCAUCCUCACCUUCUUCCUGGCCCUGGUGGACUGCACCUCCUCCGUCACCUUCUUGCCCUUUAUGAGCCGCCUGCCUACCUACUACCUCACCACCUUCUUCGUGGGCGAAGGCUUCAGCGGCCUCCUGCCUGCGCUCGUGGCUCUCAUCCAAGGCUCAGGUAUCAGCACCUGUGUCAACGUCACCGCUGAUGCCACCCUGAGUCCUGGGACCACCAGAGAGACUCGCAUCACCCAGGGCCCCGGCGGCCCCUCUCCAUCAUUCCGCCUGGAGAGCCGCUACCUGCCCGCCCGCUUCUCGCCCCUGGUCUUCUUCCUGCUGCUGUCCUUCAUGAUGCUGUGCUGCCUCGUGGCUUUCCUCCUCCUGCAGCGGCAGCCCGGCGGCCGGCACGGCUCCAUAGAGGACCUCCUGCAAUCCCAGAUCACCCUCCACUCCAUCCGACCGCGAGAAGAGGUGGACUUGGGGUCUCCAGGCCCUGGAGACAGCAGCAAAGGCGGGGAGCCCCUGGAGCAGAAAGCAGCCCUCCUCCGCCCGGCCCAGCUGGCCUUCAUCUACACCGUGGUGGCCUUCGUGAAUGCGCUCACCAACGGCGUGUUGCCCUCCGUGCAGACUUACUCCUGCCUGCCCUACGGGCCGGUGGCCUACCACCUGGCUGCCACCCUCAGCUCCGUGGCCAGCCCUCUCGCCUGCUUCCUGUCCAUAUUCCUGCCGACCAGGUCCCUGCUGACCUUGGGAGCCCUCACGCUGCUGGGCACCGGUUUUGGAGCCUACAACAUGGCCAUGGCUGUGCUGAGCCCCUGCCCACUCCUGCAGGGCCACUGGGGAGGGGAAGUCCUCAUCGUGCUGUCCUGGGUCCUCUUCACCGCCUUUCUCAGCUACAUCAAGGUGAUGCUGGGCGUGAUCCUGCGUGACCGGAGCCACAGCGCCCUCGUGUGGUGCGGGGCGGCGGUGCAGCUGGGCUCUCUGGUGGGGGCGCUGCUCAUGUUCCCGCUGGUCAACGUGCUCAGACUCUUUGCCACCGCUGACUACUGCAGCCUGGACUGCACUACCUAGGCCUGGGGUCGGGGGUGGGGGGGAGGUUGGCACUCAGAGGCACCGGUCUGCCCCCACCCCUGCCACCUGCAAGCUGGGACCUGGAGGUGGGAGGGGGCACACAGCCCAGGGUCAGCAAGGGCCUGGAAUUGCCAGGCAUACCCUCCCCUCUCCCCAGCGUAGCAGUGUCACCAGACCUGGGACUGACAUCCCCCCACCCCCCACCCCAGCCCUAGCCUGCCUUGUCCUUGGACUUUUGAGACCUCUGAUUUGAAGCCUCCAGUUGGAGGCAGGCUCACCGAUGUUAAAGGGUUAAGACCUGGGAUCGUGAGAGCUGCCUCUGGCAAGCUGUGUGACCUCGGAGAAGCCCUUGACUUCUCUGUGCUGCUGCUUCCUUGUCCGUUAGCUGCACAGGGAGCAUGUGGCAGCCCCUCUCGGAUGGCUCCCCAGGUGACAGCCGCAGCCAGAGAGGUUGAAGGGCUGAGUCCUGGGCAACUUGGCUUUCCAGUUCCUAGUGUGGACCCCACUCCCGUGCCUGAGCCCCAUUGUGGAUGGCGAAGCCAUGAUCUGUGAAGGCCACGGGGCCCGCAGGGA